GGACACGCCAAUUCUUACUUUAUUCAGAACCCUCAGAAUAGCUCUUAUGGAGAUCAAACCUAUGCCAAAUCCUACGAUGAAAUGGAACGGAACCUUGGUGUGACUGCGACGACGGCUGCUGCUGUAGCUGUUGUAGUUGCGGAAGAUGUGGACAGGCAUCUCCAUACGAAGCGUGUACCGGAUUCUUCCAGUUCCUCGGAGGCUGUCUCUGCUGCUGUUUUAUUUGCAGUAGCUGUAACUGCUGACCUCUUUUUGGGUCCCGAGCGUUAUGACCUGCUCUUGCUCCUCAAAUCAUGGGAUAGAGGAUCCAAACCCGCCUCUCAUAGUCCCGAAAAACCGAUACAAGAUGAAAAGGUGGAAAUCAACGCACCAGUAGCAGCAGAAAAGGAGGGAGGAGAGCCCACUACACAAGAUCAACAGUCCCCUGCGGUGGAAAAAGAGACGGGAGGUGGUGUAUGUGAAGCAUGUAUCUCAUGCUUUCAACUCAUCAGCGUGGUUCAGAACUCAUAUUACCCCGUACCUUCCGAGGACUGUAAUAAAGGUCAUAACUUCUCAAUCUUGGCGUCGUUGUUCUUUGACAUAUAG